AUGGUGGGAUACCACCAUGUCCUCAUGUUAUUCGUUGCCAUCUCUAUUCUACUACUAUCUUUGCUACUUGCUGGUUGCUCCUCGUCAUCUCCGCAAAUACCUAGCAUCUUCCUGAUAUCUAUGUUCUACGACAAAUACCCGCCUGUAAUGAGUACCGCUCAGGCUGAUCCCGGGUUAUCAUCUACAAUCUCAAACAUCGUGGGAGGUGCUCACUUGGAAGUCCGAGUUGGCUACUUCGGAAUCUGCAUACAACGAAACGGCGGUGGUUUCCUGUGCAAUCAGAAUGCGACUAUCCUUGCGGAGUCUUUUGGUGUGGAGAGUGACCCGCUGAACCUGAUCUGGGUUGCAUCAACGUUCAAGGAUGCAGUCGUAUUUCCAUAUCUCAUUAUCGUGGCGCUGAUAUUCGCGUUCCUGUCGUUCCUCCUACUCGCAACCUUCCCUGGUUGGCACGAGGAACUCAACAACCAGGGCUCAGACAUUGAAGUCAAGCCAUUCCCAUCCCGCCCGGUAUCGCAAGUCGCCCUCGCUCUGAUCUUUGUUGCCUCUGUGUUCAUCCUGGUAUCCGUCCUCUGGCAGCACACGGCCUCGGUAGCAGCCAGCACAAUAGCGCAAGACCUGGGGAACGGCAGCGUCAAGAGCGGAGUCGGGACUUCAGCCAUGUUACUCGGCUGGUUCGGCUUUGCGUUCUUCAUCAUCGUCUCCAUCGGUCUGCUCUGCAUGAUCCUGAGCAUCAACUAUUUCUCACAGCUAACAGACGACUAA